GUAGAGCUAGCUAGUGAUAGGGCUAGCUAGCGAUAGCUAUGGAUGGGGUUAGGGUUUAGAGGUUAGGGCUAGCUUCAGGGCUCGCAUCUGGUUGGCUAGUUUGUAUGGCAUAUUGAUAGCGUUAGGGUUUAGAGGUUAGGGCUAGCUUCAGGGCUCGCAUCUCGUUGGCUAGUUUGUAUGGCAUAUUGAUAGCGUUAGGGUUUAGAGGUUAGGGCUAGCUUCAGGGCUCGCAUCUGAUUGGCUAGCUAUAGAGUUGGCAGCGGCUGGGCUCGUUUGAAGAUUGGCCAUGGAAUCCUGAAGCGCUCCGCCCCCUAACGCCUCGCUCCCCCCCCCACCGAUGCCAAAUGUGAAGCAUUUCACUUUGAGCGUCCCGCCUUGUCACUCGUUGCGCUCUCGCCUCGCGAAGGUGAAGAGAGAGAGGGAGAGAGCCAGGGAGACUGAGCCGAGAGUGAGCCGAGCUAAGUUUGAGUCAGAGAGAGAGAGAGGGAGGGAGGGAGAUACGUUGAGUCAGAGAGAGACUUUAAGGUCGAGCGAGAGAGACAAAGCGAGAGAGGGACACAAACAUCAAACACACGUGCGAAGCAGCCCAGCUCAGCGCGAGACCAAAUCGCUCCGAGGCUGACCAAUCCCUCGUCGACCUCGGCUGACGCCUCCGGCCGUGACCUUGUGACCUCGGCCCUGGACUCUGGGCUGCGUGGACAAUCAACAUGGAUCAGCGUAAGAGCCCCAAGAAGAAGCUUCAGUUUGAGGUGCCCAGCAAGCAGCUGCACGGUCACUUGGAUCCCCGCUCUUCAGAACAGCUUAGGAAGCGUCGCCCAACCCCAGCCACGCUCUUCCUGCUCAACGAUCAGACGUCUCCAGAUGAUGACAGAGAUGGAGAGCAUGGAGAGGGAACCGAGGGCCGACUUGGACAUUCCCCCCGAAAGGGGGGGCACCACAGCUCCUACACGCCCCCUACCAUGAGCCAGAUGCAGACCCUGGUGGAGCUCCACCUCCACGCCACGGAGGAGGAGGACGAGGAGGACCUCGAGGACAACGAAGACGAGCGGAGCGCAGACGGCGAAGACGACGACGACGGCGGCGCCGGCGCCGGCGGCGGCGACGGCCAUCGCGCCAGCCUCGUUCUCCACGUGCCCCCAGGUCCGGUCGCCCCCCACGGAGAAAAGGGGGGUGCCCGGGGGGGACUCCACGGCGACGCAGGGGAGCCCACGCCCGGGAUGACAGCCGAGCCGGAGGCCGGGAGCCCCCCGAGCGUCGGGGCCCAGGGAGAUUCCGCAGGCGCCUGCGGGGGCGGAAUUGGGGAAGGGAAGGAGCCGGGGACGGCCGAGGAGGUCGCGAAUGUGACCUUUGAACCCAGGAGAAGGGUCACGUGGGCCCACGGACCGGGCGAGGCCGCUGGGGGCCCCCCUCACCUGGCCUCCCCCCCGAUCCCCACAGGGUGUCUGUGCUUCCCCUGUCUGCCGCUGGCGCCUGUAGGUGACAAGAUCGGCGUGGUGGAGGCGGCGACGGAGCCGGACGCUGGAGCCAAACUCCCGAGCGGCGCUCCGGGUCCCCGGCAGGACGCGAGCCACGAGAGCCACGCGACCGCCGACGCUCAGCGGGCAGUGGAGGGCGGCUCCCGUUCGGACUCCGAGCCCAGCGCAGGGCAAGACGGAGGGGCCGGCGCGCAGCCGGACACCGACGCAGACGAGCGGUCAGCCGGCGGGGCCGACGCCCAGCCGCGCGUCAAGGCGCACGUCCGGUUCGAGGCUCGGCGGCCAGACGUCGAGUCGGCUGCCAAGCCCGGCAUCCAAUUCGACGUCCAGUCAGCCGCUAAGCCAGGCGCAGAGUCAGCGACUGAGCCAGGCGCCCAGUUGGGCGCUCACGUAGAUACCCACAUAGGCACGGAGGUUGGCACUGGGCCAACUGUGAACUGAAUGCUCGGGGUGGGGGGGGGGGGGGCAAGAGGGGUUCCGGGUUGGAGUGAAACGGAUCUGUGAAGCUGGUACAGCGCCGUGGUGGUGGUGGCGGUGGCGGUAGUGAAAAGGGUGGCCCUGCCAGAGGGGCAAUGGUCUAGCUGCUGUCGUCUUGGGAAUUCGAUUGCUCGAUCGUGCGAAUGAGUUUGACCUCUGUUGGGUGUGAAGGGAGGGUGAAGACCCCACGGGGUAGGCGGUGGCGGGGGGGAGUGUUCCAGGUACCCGUGAUGCGUUGCGGGAGAUGGAACGAUUCCACUUGAGGUGGAACGUUUUAGCUCCCCGCUCCUUACCUCCCCCCCCCCCCCCCCACCGUUUUCCCGUUCCCAGCGUCGGGCGUUUGCUAUGAAAAUGUCUCCAUUUAAAAAAAUAAAUUGUGGUUUGGAUUAUAUUUAAAUUUUCAUCUCUCUCUCUUCUCUGUAAGCAUUCGGUGGUAAUUUCAGCUGCCCCCUUUGCUUCAGCAGGUGUCUCGUGAUCCCCAUGACACAAUGAGAAUUAAUAAUAAUUUUGGUUCGGUACGUUUGGUAUUCUAAUAGCGCAAGGAUAUCAGGAAGCCGCUGCGGCGUUACAGAUGAGUUUUAGUCUGCCCAGUAAGCACGGGCGAUGUCGCUGAGCGGCUUUUACCCCACCGAUUCAUGUGCGCUCGACGCGUUCUCGCAUUUGGCGAUUUUUUUGUUCUUGCUGUGCCUCCCCCUGGUUCCGGUGACGUGCUGCUGACGUCGGCAUGACGGCUCCUUCGGCAUUCGCGACCCGCGCGGCAGACAGGCGCGAGUUUGCGCGCUCGAUUAGACCCACCCCCACGCCCCACCACGGGAUUAACCGGGGCGGCCGCCGGGCCUCGAACCGCGAACUGUCGGGCCCGCUUCUCUCCCGUUCUGGGCCGAACAAGGGGAGAGCGCGGACGACGAAUUUUUUAGUUUUUUUGUUUUAAUGCUUCGCAGGAGAUGCUUGUGAUUUGCGUGCCCCCCCCCCCUCCCGUCGCCCCCCCUCCCCCCCGCCCUUUCUUUGCGCACCGCUGGGCAAUGAGGUCCCGUCAGUCACUUGGACGUUGGGUUUUGGUUUUGGUCGGAUCGGACGAAAGAAGCGCGAGGACGGAUCGCUGCGUUCGCGAGACCGCCAGGGGACGGCGGCGGCGGUUAGGGGUAGGGUUUGGGGUAGACUCGCUAGG